UGGGCGGAGCACCGGGCAGCCGGCGGCUCCCGGCUUCGGCUCCGGAUCGUGGCCCUGCACCUGUGACUCUCCGCGGCGCUCGCCCUCUCGCCCAGAGCCCGCAGCCCAUGGCCCCGUCUCGCCUGCAGCUCGGCCUCCGCGCCGCCUACUCCGGCCUCAGCUCUGUGGCCGGCUUCUCCAUCUUCCUCGUCUGGACGGUAGUCUACAGCCAGCCGGGGACAGCGGCUAUGGGCGGACUCGCAGGUGUGCUGGCGCUGUGGGUACUGGUGACGCACGUGAUGUACAUGCAGGAUUACUGGAGGACCUGGCUCAAGGGGCUGCGUGGCUUUUUCUUCGUGGGUGUCCUCUUCUCGGCUGUCUCCAUUGCCACCUUCUGCACCUUCCUUGUGCUGGCCAUCACCGGGCACCAGAGCCUCACAGACCCCAACAGCUACUACCUGUCCUGCGUCUGGAGCUUCAUUGCCUUCAAGUGGGCCUUCCUGCUCAGCCUCUACGCCCACCGCUACCGGGCUGACUUUGCCGACAUCAGCAUCCUCAGUGACUUCUGACCCAGUGGGUGAGGUCUCUGUACCCUGGGGUCCUCAGGACCUGGACUCAGCUUCUGAGACAUCGGGCACUGCCCCACCCCUGGGGGACCCCAGAACCAUGGCAGAAAAUACACAGCAGGAAGACUUUGGCCUCCCAGGAAGCUGUCCCGUCUACUUUGGGGGAGACCUGGGUGCAGUAGAAAGGGGCUCUGCCAUGUUGCUCCUCAUUGGCCUGGCUGGAGGGCAGCUUUUCCAAAUGGGUCUAUUUCCUUAGCACUCAGUGAGGAAUCUUUGUAAGCAUGGCCAGAGUACCGGUGAAGGAGCCAAGAGACCUUGACCUAUGCCUGGGGCCCGGCGCAGGUGGUUUGUCCCCUGACAUUCCAGGAAUUCUUCCUCGGGCUGGGGCGGGCACCUGGGAAGGUCAGGUCAAGAAAGGGUCUCCGGUAGAGACCUCAAACCCAGCCCCAGCAUCCUAUCCUCUUGUUCCCCCAAGGGUCUUGGGCACAUGGGCAGAGAAUCCGGUGUCCCUGCUGCACCCAGAGCUGCCCUCCCACGAGUGUUGCUAGGCUCAGUCAUCUCCUCCACCACCCAAGUCCUCCCUCUCACAUGCGGCACCCACGCCUCAGAGCAGGACUCCCCAGUGAGGCCAGACUGAGGGUCUCGGGGAAGGUGCUUCCGCCCCCAGAAGGGCUUCAGGAGGGGGCAGCGAGAUGUGGGCUGAUGGGCCCCUCAGACCUGUGUCUGCGCACCGCCAGCCCUGCACUCCCACUCCCCCUUCUCACGCCUGCCCCUGGCCACACCCAGGUCACCCAGAACAGCCCCGGCCAUGAGAUGCCCCCCUACCUAGGGUUUAUAUCUUUUAUCCUCUCCCUUCUGAAGGGCAAAAUCUGCUCUCUGCCCAUACACUAGCCCAAGGGCUCGCCUGACUCAGAGGGAAGGGACUACUGUUAUGUGUCUUUUUAUGUUAGAUUGCCAUUUUGCACGGUCUGCCCCUUUCCCACCUGUGUCACCCCCUCAGCUCUUUGCCUUAUCUGUGUCACUGUCACUUUAGCAGAAAUACAGCGACCAUUUGUACCAGA